AGAGAAGGUUAGAGAGGGAGUCGCGAGUCACUAGUUUUGAGUGUCCCGUUCUGCUCAUCAGUGCCGUAGUUAUUCAUCUCUAUCUCCUUUUCCACCAACAGAGUAUCAAAAAAGCAACAAUGACCGACUAUGAAGAAAUGAUGGAGGGGAGCAAUCCCACUGCCGACGAUUCAGAUCACGGUGAGAAGAACCAACAUGAACAGACAACGGCGGGCAGCGAUGACGGCGCUGGACUCAACAUAGAAGGAGGAACGGGGCAAAGCGAAGAUGACGAAAUAAGAAAUAAGAGCACUGAUGAGGAAAGACAAGCAGAAGCAGAUGAUAGUGGAGCUGAUGAGGAGGAGGAGGAGGAUGCGGGAGAUGUGAAUGUAGCAUCACCCAAGUGUUGGGGUGUGUGUCCCCGCUGGGAUUUCACCGUCAAGGAGUACUGGGAGGAGGUGAAAAUCUUACUCAAACUUGCUUGGCCUAAUGUGUUAUACAUGCUCCUUGAAGCUAUGAUGACGAUUAUGGCUGUACUCUUUAGUGGGCACCUGGGCAAGAAUGAACUAGCAGCUGCCUCACUAGCUAACUCGAUUACGACUGUUUUCACGCGCUCCGUUGGCUUGGGAUUUGCUUCCAGUUGUGAUACACUCUUUACUCAAGUAAGAUUUUGACAAAUAAUCUUUCAGAUUUUAACCCUCUUUUAUUGGAAUUAUAACAAUACAUGUAUGGCAUUAUUCAGGAGUUUUGGAAUGCUUCCAAGUGGAUGAAACACCUUAAAGGUCCUUAGAAUCAGCAGGAAUCAAACAGAAUUAUUCCUUCCAGUAGUAGAAGGUCGUGUUUUAGAUAAUUUCUGAAUAAUCCAGAUUUUCCCUGAAAUGCAUUCAAAAUGCUUUGAAUGUUGUUUGAAUGCCAUAUAAUCAUUACUAACAAAAAUGUAUGCAGAAAACACAGAAUGCUAUUUGAAUAAUUUUGAAUAUUUUCCCAUGACUAUUGCACUUUAAAAGCUUUGAGCAUGAGCAAAGAAUUCUGGCUGGGAUUGCAAAUGGGCUGGAACUUUUGAAAUGCUCUCAGAAUGUAUUUCCUACAUGUAUAUAUAUAUGGAAUAGCCUUGACAAUGUAAAAACUGUGUAUUGUGUGUGAACUAUUAAACAAAUUAGCUUUGGAGAUUUAGCCAGAUUUAUAUCUUUGGGACAUUUAGGAAUAUCAACAAGAACUUAGAAAGGUUGAAAAGUUUUGUAGAUGAUUUUCACUGAUAAAUGAUGUAAGCCAGCACACAACACUAGCGCCGGUCCGACGGUCCCAGACCUGUUAAAAUAGCUGUCGGGCCAGUAACGUUGUAGAAAUAGCCAGAUUACAUGUAGAAAUCCCCUUUUAGGCCUCAAUGUUUAAUCUCAAUAUUAACUCAUUUCCAUCGGAAUUGUCAAUUGGCUUUCAUGAAUGGAUUAAAAACACAGGAAAAGUGUGACAAGAUCCUUUGACAGUGCUCUUUAAUCCAUUACACUCAUCCGUACUAAUAGCCAAAUACAAUAUGGAUUAUGGAAAUAUGAUACCUUUAACCAUUUCCAGUUAAAAGCACUUAAGUGGAACAGUUUUUCACUGAGUACUUUGGUAAACGCUUUUGUUCAGAUUCUUGCUAGAAAUAUAUAGUUUGUUUCUUAUUUUAUGCCAGUCAAUUGCAGGUUUGCUUAUCUUCAAAUGCAGAAUGAUAUAUGAUCAUUCCAAGAAUACCGGAUUUAUGUGUCUCAAUUUGUUUGAUGACACUGUUUUAUCAUUGUUGGGUUUUACUCCAGAGAGGUCAAUGACCCGACCUCUUGGAACAAUGAUUUUUUAUAGCAUUUGAGUAAGACUGUAGGCCUACUUGUACUUGAGGUCAUUUUCCCCAUGUGUCUCUUGUGAGUUAAAUUGCAUUGCUCACAUUUCAAUUAUUUUCUCUAUCGAAAUUGUAUAUUUUAAAGUGUUGUAUUAUUUUGAAAAAAAAAUUAUCAGAAAUAGUUUUGCUAUUACAUUGUAGAUCUGGUACAAGUUUUUCCUAUUUUCUUGCUGCAGAAGGAUACCUUAAUAAAACUUUUACUUAGGGGCAUUGACACUGUUAAAGGGGUACUCCUGGCUAAAAAUAUUUAUACCUAAAUAAAUAGAGUAAAAUUCACAGAGCAAAAUGCUGAAACUUUCAUCAAAUUGUCAUAAGUAACAAAGUUAUUGAAUUUUUAAGUUUAGCAAUAUUUUGUGAAAACAGUUUAGUUGGACUGAUGAUGUCUAUUUCCCCACUUUCCCUUUCCUUAAGUUAUUACAUGAAAUCAUUUUUGUUUCCUUUAUAUGUGUAAGUUGCAGCAAUGAAUAUCUUAUGCACUAUCAGUUGUCAAUCCAUUUUUUUAUGUUCUUGGAGGAAAAAUAUUAAACCUAAUUUCAUAUAGUAGAAUACAAAAGAAGAAUAAUGCAAAUCUUUUAAAUGCCAUAGCUUUGUUAUUUUGUGUCCGAUUUGGAUAGAAAUUUUCAGUGUUUUGUUUGUCUGAUUUUUUUUUAUCUGUUCAAGUCAUAUUAUUUUCAGCCUGGAGUACCCCUUUAAUAGCACUGUUAGAUUUUCAUCUUGAAGUUGGUAGGAAACUAUAAAACACACAAGAUAUGAAGUCUAAACUUUAUAUGAUUUCUGCAUUGUAACGAACCCCAAAUCCUCUUGUUAUUUCCCUGUGUAAAUGCUUGCCCUCAAAAGGAUUGUCAACAUUAUUUUUUUACGAUCAAAUCAGACUCCCUGGUUGUGCUGCCUGUCAAUGCAGAAAUGUUUAUGGGUGUGUUUAUGCUUCCAUUGCGAGGACAGAAUCAGCGUUCUCAAACGUCGAUUCAAAACGCCGAUCGUAAACGUGGUUCUGGGAGUGCUGUUUAUGCUUCACUUUUCAGAGGCGAAAUCACGAACUCCAGCUGGCUUCGCAUCGUAAUUUUCGUUGAGCAGGAAAGCGAGGUCAAAUUGGGCGCGCCCUUUUUUCGAAAGUUUUUUUUUUCCGAGAGUUGUUAUGGGGAAGGUACGUUGACUGUUAUUUAAACAUCGAUCAAUUUCCGAUAUUUUAGUCAUUGCAUGGAGCUACUUGACAGCCAUUUUCCACCAUGGUGAGGAUAAUAGUGAG